UUUGUCUCCAACGACCUCCCGUCUAUACUCCACAUCACCUCCAAUCUCUAAAUUGAGACUCCACCCGUGAUCGUCAAUCGGUACCCCGCAUAUACACCAACGCGAGCAGCGCAUACUCAAAAACAGUCUACCGUCGCAUCUCAUACUCCCAUCUUCACCAUGCCGAUUAUUCGCAAUCCUUUCCGAAAGCAAGACGAGAAUGCGCGACCCGUGUCGCGGAACACCACCGAGUCUGCCGUUACGAAUGCUAGCAGCGGCGAUGUCAGCAGCAAGGAACAGCCGGCCGAGUACAAGUUGAGUGAAAUCAACGACUCCGGCGUCUAUCUCCCUCCCUCGCCCUCGACCGAGAAGAAGAGCUUCUGGGGAACCACAUCUUCGCGCUCGACGACAUCCUCCUCGAUCCCGCGCCGCUCGGCCUUCAAUGAGAAUGAUCAAUUCAGCAUCUCAAGAGAAUCGUUCGACUCGUAUCGCAGAUCCUUCGAUAUCUCUGCGCGAUCGCCCGUCAUCCCACCUUCAGAGGGCCGACCACGCGCAUCACUAGACAGUCGCACAUUUACCGCCCCACCACGCGCCUCGAACUCCUUCCACCGACCGCUUCAAGUCCCACAAACGCAAGAGGAGGACAAAUUCGAGGAUGUCAACAUUGAUGAUCCGAAACCCGCGCCUCCUCCGGCGAAGAAGCGAGGUCUUUUCGCGCGCAUGGUCGAUAGCGUUGAUCACU